AGCAUUUCAAUGCAGUAUCAUGUGACGCAGUGGAGGCUCGGAGCAUCAAGCCCUACCCUCCUCCUGCAGCAGCAGCCUCAUAUGAGUGAUGAAGAUGGUGCUGAGUGCAAACAUGCAAGGCAUCUUUUUCUUAUUAACUUUGCUGGCGCCUUGCAAUGGCAUAUUACCCGAGUUGGUGCAUCCAGGAGUUCAUCUCAUCCUGGGCGAUUCCGUGCAGGAGGAGCCUGCUGUGGUGCAAGGAGAGCAACUGGAUGAGCAGCUAAGGCCUGAACAUAAAGAGUCGACCAUUGCUACAACAAUUGCGCAGUCAACCGAGGUGAACAAUCACAUUGAUACUGGCUGUGACACCACGAAAGAUUGUGGGAAAGAGAGAUACUGUCUGCACGACAAGAACAAUUCAAAAUGUCAACUUUGCAAAGGCAUCGAUGUGUCCUGCACCAAGGAUGAAGAGUGCUGCGGUGUGCACUUGUGCAUUUGGGGGCAGUGCAGUUCAAAUUCCACCAAAGGGCAAGCUGGCAGCACGUGUCAGCAUCAGGCACAAUGUGGUCCGGACCUCUGCUGUGCCUUCCAUGCAGCCCUCCUCUUCCCAGUUUGCUCUCCUAAACCCAUUGACCGCGAGCGCUGCGUUCCUGCCUCCAACCACCUGACAGAGGAUGACUCACCCAGAAAACAUUGUCCUUGUGCUGGGGACCUCCAUUGCCAGCACCUAGGACGAGGAUCCAUGUGCCUUAAAGCGGUCGACUCGAGCGAAGAGGAUCUGACAGACAGCCUGUACUCGGCCAUAGAUUACGUCCUCUAAAAUGCUUCAUUCACAUAGCAAUGAUUGUUUUGCAAUCAACACAGAGCUACACCGCAUGAAAUGGAAAAAUACACAAAUUUGCUUACCAGUUGCUGAUACUCAACAGCUCAAUGACCUGUAGGCUAAAAGUCAUCAUUCUGCAGUCUUCAUCAUCCGGUCCAUGCACUUUGUAGCCUUGCUUGAACUAUGCACUGAAGCUUAAUACACUGGAAGAGCAAUAAAAUCGUACUGCACAAUA